ACUUCAUAAAUCUGAAAGCGCGAAAUUCAAGUAUAUCAAAUAAUGAUGGUUCGGUGCUUGGGUUCGGUUUCAGCUAUUUUGGAAACUAGUUUGCAACGAUGUAUCGUGAUUGUCUGCAUAUUUCGUAGGAGAUACCUUUCUUUAAAACUGCCUCCUAUCACAUUUAAAACUAUGCAAACAGAGUGUAAUAAAUGAAUGGGUAAUAAUGUAUUCUGCUUUUGUACCUAUUCGUUUAUUGAGUGAUUAUCCGUAUCCACUGGAAUGUUUAACAUGUUAUGACAAUUUCCUACUGGUCGGUACAAAACAGGGAUUAUUACUAGUAUAUGAAUUAACACCAAAAAUUGCUAGUCAUCCUGAAUUUUUCAUUCCGAACUUAAGUUGUUUAAAUAACCAUUUAAAAGAAAUUCCAUUCAAGAAUGAAAUUCAAUCAAGUGCUGUAUCAUCAUCUUCCCCUUUGCCCACCUUUUUUACUCAUGUAAAAAUUACACGAACACUUGGAAAAAAACCGAUCACACAAUUGACAGCUAUUUCUGAAUUAAAUUUAUUAUUAGCACUUGCUGAAGGUCGUAUGAGUGUAUAUCAACUUCAAAAUUGUCAGCUAAUUACAUCAGUACCAAACAGUAAAGGAUCUGGAUUAUUUACCCACUGUAUGCAAUAUUCAAAGGUUUCAACUGUAUCCUCAUGUAACAUAACAGGCAAUUCAUUAUCGUUAAACAAAUCACAGUCAUCAUCCUCUGAAAGUAUUUUAAAUGAAUCAAAAAAUUCUAAAGACUCAAAAUCAAAUUCUUUAGAAUUACGCAUUUGUGUUGUUGUGAAGCGUCAUUUAUACUUUUGGAGAUGGAAUCCUAAAACACGUGAAUUUGUAUGCCCUGGAGGAUCAGAUGAUCUACUUACACCUUCAUGGCCAAAUGAAAUGACUAUUCCAGAAGUUGUUCGAUCGAUUUCAUUUUGCGGACUAUCAAAACUUGUUGUAGGACAUCGAGGUGAAUAUUUAUUAAUCAAUAUUAUUAGUGGUGAGAUGCAGUUAAUUUCAGCUGUUGGCAAAAAUCAAUUGCCAAUAAUUACAUCACUUUCUCAUUGUUUUAAUUCAUCUAAUUUGAAUGAAUCUGAUUCUUCUUGUAUAUUUGAUAAAUUUUAUUAUUCUAAAAAUUCAACAAUGAAUUCAUUCAUUAUUAAUUCAGAAAAUUCAUUAAAUCACUCCAUAUUAGAUAAUAAUAAUAAUGAUGAAAAUAAUAAUGAUCAAUCUUCAUUGAAUCAAUAUUAUCAGCCAAUGUUACCAGGUUCAUGUACAUUUGUAGGAAUUGGACGUGAUGAUAUAUUAUCUGUUAUUUCACCAUUUCAUGAAUAUAAGUCUAUAUUUCAAAUUAAAUGGUCAAAUGUACCAUACCAAGUUCGUAUUUUUCCACCUUAUAUAAUUGGGACUAUGGAUAAUACAUUGGAAAUUCGUAUUUUAAAUCCUAAUAAAUUAAUCCAACAAUUGGCUAUAACUCGUGUUACAUCAAUGUGUUAUUCAAAAUGUGGAUGGUUUUAUGCAAGCACAGCUCCUGCCCCUACAACUAAUACACUUUUCUCUACAGAUUCUUUUUCUUAUCAACAAAAAGUUACUGUAACAGAAUCAAUCAAUAAUGAUUCUUCUGUUGUACGUGGUAAAAAUAACAGCGGUAAUGAAAUUUGGCUUAUAUUAUCAGCGAACAGAUUAAAAUUUAUUCAAAAUUUAGUUGAAAAAAAGGAAUUUGAAUUGGCUAUUUGUUUAGCCAAAACUUCAUUAUAUAGUGGUCAAAAUCCUGUGGAAACAUUACAAAUUACUAUAUUGUAUGCAAUUUAUUUAUAUCAUGAAAAAAAGUAUUCAGAGGCAUUAAAUCUAUUCACUGAACAAUUAAUUAAUCCAAUACAUGUACUUGGUUUAUUUCCUGGUAUGUUAUCUGAACAAGAACAACAUCAAAUAGAACAUUCUUGUGAUAUCAAAACUAUUAGUUCAUCUGAAAUGAUUAAUGCAUUUGAACCAUUAAUUACAUAUUUAUUAACAUGGAGACGUUUAUUAAAGAAAAAUCAACAGUCAAACAAUAUCCAAUCAUUGAUAAAAUCAUCGAAACUAUUCAAUUCCACAAUGAUAGAAGAAUCUCAAAAAUCUCAAUUAUUAAAUAGUAGAAAUGAACACUAUCAACAACAACAAAUCAUUAUCACAAAUGAAUUUGAAUGUUAUUCCAUUAAAGAUAGAAGUAGAAUGAUUGUGUCAUAUACUAAAUUAUUAGAAUUAAUUGAUACAAGUUUAUUAAAAUGUUAUUUAUCAACAAAUACAGCUCGUGUUGCACCAUUAUUACGUCAAGAAAAUGCAUGUAUUCUUGAUGAGUCAGUUAAAACAUUACUGGAACAUAAACGUUAUCACGAAUUAAUAAUGUUAUAUCAAUCACGUGGAUUACAUCAAGAAGCAUUAUCUAUUCUACAACAAUUCAAUAUCAUACGUAUGAAGCAAACAGGGUAUGCAAUAACCAUGACAGAAUCAAAUUCAAAUCCUAAACUUCCACUUAACAUUACCUUAGAAAACAAUUAUAAUCCUGGAUUAAUUGAACAAAUCGGUCAUCCAAAACGUAUAAUUCAUUAUUUCAUACAUUAUUUAAAUGCUUCACACUUGAAUCUACUGCUUGACUAUUCUAAAAAUUAUAUACUACGUUAUCAUCCAAUUAGUUGGAUACGUAUUCUAUACUAUUGGGAACAGAAACUUACCAUGAAAUAUCAAUCUGAAUUUCUUCUCAGUACAACAUUAUAUGAUAAAGAUAAAAAAGAUCAAUUCACAGUAUUUUGUUCGAAUUAUCGAAAUCAAAUAUUACAUUAUAUGGAACAAUAUGCUUCACACUUAAUUAUUCCUUAUUUAGAAUUAAUUAUAUUUGUACAGUGGAAUGUUCAGCAUAAUGUUGAUAUUGACGACGAUGACUAUUAUGAUGAAGAUGAAGAUGUAACUGAAGAUAAUGAAAUAUUAGAUGAAGGCGAAUCAGAAGAACAGAUUGGUCAUGAAGAAGAGGAAGAUGAAGGAGAAGAAGAAGGAGAGGGAGAUAGUAAUGAAAUUAAAACCAAAGAAUAUGAAUCUGAUAAUCAGACUGAUUUUAACACUGAUGAUCACCAGAAAGAAGAGAAAGUCAUAGAGAAGUCAAAAUCUAACGCUACUCAUUUGAAUUAUAACCAUACUGAAUUAAAGCAAAGUACACCAAGAAACUUUGAUCAUAAAUUGAAUAGAUUUAGUCCUCGUAAUGUUUUAAAAUCUAAAAUACUAAGUGUUCCUCAAUUGUCAUGUGGAUCAUCCUUGGAUUCAAUGCAAUCUGAAUCUAUGUCUCCAGGAAAACGUUCUAAUCGGUUUAGAGAUAUGCUAACAAAUUCAUUAUGGCCUUUACCUGAUCAAGGUGGUUUUAAACGCUCGCGACUAAUUAAUUCACUUAUGAAUAGUUCAUUUAAAGAUGACAAUUCUUCAAAAAUCUGUGAUCCAGAUAUUUUACCCCCUAUUCCACAAUAUCCCUCUUAUAUUGAUGUAUGUGAUAUACAUACACGCUACGCAGUAGCAUUAAUACGUAGAGCACAAUCAUUACAACCGACUAAUAAACCAUUUGCAUUUAAAGUUAAUGAUGAACAACCGAAGUCUGGAGCUGUAGCACGGUUACGUCUACGUCUUAUGCGUUUUCUCAUACAUCCUGGUGCAAAUUAUUCUUUUAGUCGACUAUUAGCUAAAUGUCCUUAUGAUGCAUUUUUUGAGGAACGUGCUUUCCUGUUGGCCAAGUUAAAUAAACAUGAACAAGCUCUUUCACUUUGGGUUCAUUUACUAAAUGAUUGGAAUAGAGCUGUAACUCAUUGUAUUAAUGUUUAUCAAAAAGGUGAACAUCAUUUGAAUAAUGUUGAACAUGUAGAUACGGAUAUUGUUCAUACAGAUUGUGUUGGCGCCUGUGACGGUAAUAGUGAUGGUAGUGGUAGUGCUAUAAUCGACAAGAAAUCUUUAUCAUAUGCACAAAAUAUGCGAAAUUCUCCUUCAUUGGCCAAUUCACCAUUCAUAGACAACAAUAUUAAUGUUACUAGUAAACAUCAUAAUGAAACACUGACCAAUAAUGAUUGUGAUAUAUUUUUUCUACUUAUACAAAUUUGUUUACAUCCUACCGAACCUGCUUCUUUAGGCAUUGUUCUACCUUCAUCUCCCAACAAAUCUACAUCAUUUACUCCGAAACUAAAGAAAGCACUUGAAAUCCUUCACCAAUAUAGUACACUUGUAGAUCCUGUCAAAGUGAUACAAAUCAUACCUACCGUUGCUUUGAGUUCUGUUGGGAACUACUUAAAGAACAUGUUUAUAUCUCAAGAGAGUACAUUGAAUCAAUUAGUUUUUCUUGAAAAUGCUGCAAAAUCUGAAUUAAUCGCAUCAUGUACAGAUCGUAUAAAAGUUACAAAUAAUCAUUUUUCAAUUUUAUCAUCUACACGUUGUCGAAUAUGUCGUCGACGUAUUGGUAAUAGUGCUUUUGUUAGACAACCAACAAGUGAUGAAUUAGAACAUUAUGGUUGUUGUCAAGAUUUGAUAAGAAAAAAAUAAUUAAGAAAAUUUAUUCUGAAUUUUUUUGUUUGUUAUUUUCUUUACUACGUAUUGAUUUCAUGCUACAAUCAUAAUAAUUAUAAUAAUACAUCAUAGUAUAUUGAUAUCUGUUUAUUUACAAUACACUUUGAUUUACAAUAUUUUUUGAAUACAUUACUGAUUUCUUCUAAUCAGUGCAGUUUUAUUUUGUUCAUAAGCAUAAAAACAUGCGGGGUUACAGUUGCCUUGGUAGUAUCAUCACUUUUCAAGCUUUAGUUCACACAAAUCAAUAAUCCAUAGAUAGACUUCUUGAAAAUAAGAACCAAACCAUACUCUGAUGAAAAACAAAUAUUUUAAUAUAUAUUAAACACUUCAUCGCACAAUUUAUAAAGUCAUCGAAUGAUUUAUGUUCUGUAAUUGUAGAUUCACAAUUCUUAAUAUACUCAACUUAUACUCCAUUUC